GAAGAAGACAUCAUGACUGAGAUUAUCACAAACGGUCCUGUACAGGCAACUUUUGUGGUACAUGAAGACUUCUUCAUGUAUUCGGGAGGGGUCUAUAGGCAUACGGAACUAGCUGAAGAGAAAGGUGAACGAUACACGGGACAAGGAUACCAUUCAGUUCGAAUUAUUGGAUGGGGUGUUGAUCACUCAACUGGACGAGAUAUCCCGUAUUGGCUAGCUGCCAACUCAUGGGGAAAACAAUGGGGCGAAGAUGGAUUUUUCAGAAUUUUAAGAGGAGAUAAUCAUUGUGAGAUAGAAAGCUUUGUCAUAGGUGAGUGCUCUUAA